AUGAGUGUGUGGCUAUCCGAUUCCGCUAAAUCGCAGUCGCCCUUCUCGUACUUAUACACGCGAGUGGUGUCUUCACACUUGGGCGAAACGUCAGCCAUUAUCGUGUCGGCGUUGAUCUCAUAUGGUCGUUUGUCUGCGAAAGAACUCCAUCUUCGGAGUAAAGUGCCGCUUAAACAGUUGAAAACUACUCUCGUGUGCCUCAUCCAGCUUAACUGCAUUUACUAUUGGGCAGAUCAUGAUAGAAAUGUGUAUUACUCGUUCAACGAGAACGGUGUGUUAACACUAUUGCAUGCUGGAGACAUUGUUUCCCGAAUCAAGCACAUCUCCGGUGAUGAGGCGGCCGAGUUGACUCAAAAUAUUAUUGAAAAUGGGAACUUGAACGUUCGCGAGUACAUGGCUACGUUGGAAAAUGACCAGUCUCAGCACGAAAAGAUGGCCAUUUUGGUGAAACUUUACAAUGACGGAUGGCUCAGAAAACUCCGCCCGAUCGACUUUCUGCCUGUGGAGGAUGUGUGGAACAAAUUGUACCAGGAAACGUUAAAGAACACCCCAAGAACGGCUACCACAAGCGAAGUCAAGCGUGUAGCCGAGGCCAAGGAGAAAACCAAGGUUAAGUUCUCCGAUGCAUAUCUGGCGGGCACCGACACCAAGGACAUUUUUGUGGUGGACAACGGCAUCCACAAGUUGCGCCCCGAUAUUACCAUCACCUUCAAUUUGGUUCGGUACGAAAAAUACUUGCGGACUCGUGCGUUGGUCGAGUUGGCCAACUCCAGAUUGGGGCUCAUCACCUCCACUAUAUACGGACGGUGUGCUGGGUUAAUCGAGACAAAGUCUCCACCAUUGAAGCAUAGUUUUCUUGAGGUCAGCGGUUUAAUCAAUGACCCUGAAGAGCUGCGAGCAUACAUCAGUUCCGUGGAGAACGCUUUGGUCGACAACAAGGCUAUUGUGUUUAACAUUCGAGACUUGGCUCGAUCGUUGCCCAACAAUUUGGACUUGCGCAACUCCAUCUUGACUCAGAACUUCCUUAAGCCGGCCAAAAGACCGCACGAUGAUAUGGACCAGCCUGCAAAGAAGAUCAAGUUGGAAGAUGGAGAGGCAGUAGCACCAGAUUCGAACGGAGUCGUCAACGGAUCAUCUAACGGAGGUCUCAAUGGAGAUGAUGACUACAAGGAAAGUGACCGUACAGAAGCACACUCGCUCUCAUUGCUUGCUGAGCACAUGAGACUCUUGUCAUCAGGAAACGUUCCUUUCUUGGUGGAGGUUGCACCCGGGUCCUACACCAUUCCAUUCUUGCAACUUUCCAAGUGCAUCAAGCAGUUCCACUAUGGAAUGCUAAUUAAGACGACCAUGGGAAGCAAUUCACUCCGCGUGCUCAACUGCAUCAAGUCGAUGAAAUUGGCUGACGAAAAGGCUAUUUCCAACGCGGUAUUGUUGAAGGAUCGUACAGUUAAAAGCGAGAUUUACAAGUUGGUGAAUAUGAACGUUCUUGAAAUUCAGGAGGUGCCCAGAAGCGCCGAUCGUGCAGCUUCCAAGACGUUUUAUCUCUUCAGACACAAGGAACUCCCGCUGUACAAGUACUUGAGCUUUGCCCUUGCAUACACAAUGGCGGAUAUCUUAACCAACAUCAGCCAGUUCAAGCUGGAGCACAAGAUCUUGCUUGACAAGUGCGAGAGAGAGGAUGUCAAGGGAAACGAAGAUGAGCUACUAUUGGAGUCCGAGUUGAAGACUUUACGCGGGCUACAACAGCGUGAGAUUGCUAAUUUGGGCCGCUUUAACCGUAUCAAGUGGCUCCAGGUUGUUUUCGGCUUAUUGUAA